AUGGUCACCAUCGACACAGAAAAGCUUCCCGAGAAGUACCUCGAGACUGCCUCCCCUGGGGACCUAGGGUCCCCUGGGGACUCAGGCGACACAGAGUCCCCCGAAAAACACCUCAGCGCAACCAAGUCCCUCGUCAUCAGGAAAACAGAAAUCCUCGCCGACCAGUACCAGUCCUGGCCCUACAGAAUCGCUCUCUUGUUCUCAGCCUUCCUAUGCGCAUACGGCUACGGCUUGGACGGAACCCUCAGAAACGUCUACACCACUUACGCUACUUCCUCAUACCAAACCCAUUCCUUGCUCUCAACAGUCAGCGUCAUCAACCUCGUCAUCGCAGCCGCAGCACAGAUUUUUUACGCAAGAUUAUCCGAUGUCUUCGGUAGACUGACACUGCUCAUCGUGUCCAUCGUAUUCUACUCUGUUGGAACUAUCAUCCAAUCGCAGGCUUACGAUGUGCAACGUUACGCCGCUGGUGCCGUUUUCUACAACGUAGGAAUGGUGGGGGCCGUGUUGCAAGUCAUUUUGAUCUUGUCGGAUUUCUCCUCCAUGAGAUGGAGACUCUUGUACACGUUCGUGCCCUCAUGGCCAUUCAUCAUCAACACCUGGAUCUCAGGUAACAUCGUGUCUGCCGCGAACCCGCUCGACAACUGGUCGUGGGAUAUCGCCAUGUGGGCGUUCAUCUUCCCAUUGUCGUGUGUACCAUUGGUCGCGUGCAUGUGUCACAUGCGGUGGAAGGCCCGCAAGACAGAGGAGUGGAAAGAGCUCAAGAUCGAGCAGACUUACUACCAGAAGCACGGGCUCGUGUCCACUUUGGUCCAAUUGUUCUGGAAACUGGACGUCGUGGGUGUCACGCUGUGUACCUUGGCGUUGGGGUGCAUUCUAGUGCCAUUGACCGUCGCUGGUGGUGUUUCGCACAAGUGGAACCAAGGACGCAUCAUCGCGCCAUUCGUGCUUGGAUGGGUCGUUCUGUUGCCCAUGUUCAUCGCUUGGGAGAGCAAAUGGGCUCGUGAACCCAUUGCGCCAGCCAAGAUGCUCAAAGACCGUGGGAUCUGGUCCGCCUUGGCGAUCCAAUUCUUGACGUAUUUCGUGUACCAGAUGGCCGCAGGUUAUCUCUACACCAUAUUGAUUGUUGCCGUGGACGAGUCCACCAAGGCAGCCACCAGAAUCACAAGCGUGUACAGUUUCACAGCAGCUGUUGCGUCGCCAUUUUUCGCAUUCUUCGUGGGCCAAUUCAAGCCCAAGUCCGGAGUAAGACGCUUGAAACCAUACAUCGUCGUGGGUGUCGGGUUCUGGUUGAUUGCAAUGGGUAUCCUGUACCAUUUCAGAAGCGGUAAGGAUUCGGAUAAAGGUAUCAUUGGUGCGUUGUUCUUGUGGGGCUUGAGCAGCACUUUGUUCACGUACCCAAUCACCGUUUCGAUCCAGUCCAUCACCUCGCAUGAGAACAUGGCUUCCGUUACCGCAUUAAGUUACACCGUUUACCGUGUUGGUGGUGCCGUUGCCUCGGCAUGUUCCGGUGCCAUUUGGACGCAAUUGUUGUAUGGGAACUUGUUGAAGCAGUUGGACGGUGACGCCGCAUUGGCCAAGUACGCUUACGGCUCUCCGUUGGCAUUUGUUACCGAGCAUCCUUGGGGCACGGCUACAAGACAAGCCGUGGUUCGUUCGUACAGGUACGUGCAGAAAUACGAGGUGCUUGUUGCGCUAAUCUUUUGCGUGCCCAUGUUCUUCUUUGCAAUGUGUUUGCGCGACCCGCCAUUGACCGAUGAGCAAGCGCAAAAGAACUUGAAGGAGGGCGAGUACGUCCAGACUGAGGACGGAGACCCAAUUGCCGAAUGGAUCAGCCAGAAGUGGGGCAAGUUGAGGUAG